AACCCCAAAUGGCCACACUGAUUGUACUGUAACACUCACUCGUGAGAUCCCCUCCUCUUUUUGGCGGGAAAGUCGACCAGGAAACCUAGACUGAGGGAGGAGGGGAGGGAGAGAGAGCGGAAAUGGCGGAAGAAAGUAAGGAGGAGGCGGGAGUGGAUCAAGUGGAGGAGGAAUUCUCUGUGUGGAAGAGGAACACGCCGUUCCUGUACGAUCUGCUGAUCUCUCACCCGCUCGAAUGGCCGUCUCUCACCGUCCAAUGGGUCCCGUCGACGCCGAAUCCGUACGCUGCGGAUCCUUAUUUCGCCGUCCACAAGCUCAUCCUUGGGACCCACACCUCCGGUGGCGCCCAGGAUUUCCUGAUGGUCGCCGACGUCGUCAUCCCCACGCCCGACGCAGAACCCGGAUUGGGUGGCAGAAACCAGGACCCAGUAGUCCCCAAGGCUGAGAUAAGACAGAAAAUACGUGUUGAUGGGGAAGUGAACAGAGCGCGGUGUAUGCCGCAAAAGCCAACGAUCGUCGGUACAAAGACGAGUGGUUGUGAGGUGUUUGUGUUUGAUUAUGCCAGACAUGCUGCCAAGACCCAAGCAAGUGAUUGUGACCCUGACCUGAGGCUGAAGGGACAUGAAAAAGAAGGGUACGGACUGUCUUGGAAUUCUUUCAAGGAAGGUUAUCUCCUGAGUGGUUCCCAAGAUCACAAGAUCUGCCUUUGGGACAUUACAGCUACAGCACAAGAUAAGGUUUUGAAUGCAUUGCAUGUUUACGAGGGACAUGAAAGCUUGGUCGAGGAUGUGUCGUGGCAUAUGAAGAAUGAAAACGUAUUUGGAUCAGCAGGUGAUGAUUGUCGAUUGAUGAUAUGGGACUUGAGGACAAACCAAAUGCAACACCAAGUCAAAGCCCACGAGAGAGAGGUGAACUAUCUUUCUUUCAAUCCAUUCAACGAAUGGGUGUUAGCCACAGCCUCCUCGGACAGCACAGCCGCCUUGUUCGAUCUCCGCAAGCUAAACGCACCCUUGCAUGUUUUGAGCAGCCAUGAGGGAGAGGUAUUCCAAGUGGAGUGGGAUCCAAACCACGAGACAGUGCUUGCAUCUUCAGGCGAGGACAGGAGGUUGAUGGUUUGGGAUCUGAACAGGGUCGGGGAGGAACAGCUCGAUGUAGAGUUGGAUGCGGAAGACGGUCCACCAGAACUGCUCUUCUCUCAUGGAGGCCACAAGGCCAAGAUAUCAGACUUCUCCUGGAACAAGAACGAGCCUUGGGUAAUUUCUAGCGUCGCCGAAGAUAACAGUCUUCAGGUCUGGCAAAUGGCUGAAAGCAUCUAUCUUGACGAUGACGAGGAAGGCGACGAGCAAGACAGACCAGAAUCCAAUGAAAACAAGAAGUAAAGUUAAUGUAGUGAUAACAGACAGUAGGUUUGAAGCUUGACUUGUUGCCCUUAGGCCUGGGAUUCAAACGGUAUUGCCUUGGUCUAUUCGGACAAAACAUCACAGAAGAGUAUAUAGUUAAAUCAAGAACAUAAACAUGGAAAAGCCAUAAAAAAAAACUGAACUUUUAUA